ACAACCCGCUGGCUUUACGGCUAAUCUUGCGAAAAAGCUACGACCUGAUUAGUUAGUAGGAUUCCCUAUAUUUUUGGUUACUGCAUCAUCAGACGACAUCAAUCAAUUACAUAUUUACAGCGUACUGAAACUGUGUGAUAAGUAUGCAUGUGGAACAAGAUUUUAAUAGACCAUCAAAAAAUCAAGUUAAGCAAACAUUUAAGAUAGUCACUGGCUGAACUUGAACCCUGACCUUCAACUUAAAAUGUUAGUUUUACUAACAAAAUAAAUAUCAUCAUAUGGAUUGAUGGACAAAUAAGAAAGAAAUAUCAGGUUAUUGAUCAAGUGAGACUGAAGUUAAGCAGAGGUCCACAUCUUUUUUACAAGUUCAAAGAAAACAAACAGACAAAACUUUUGGAUUUACUUAUUUCGUAAAGCGCUUCUAAUACGGUGAUUCAGGAGAGAACAUAUUUAUCUAAUUCGCCCGUCGUCUGAUAUUAUUCCGAACUUUUUGGUGGAUUGCGACAACUUUACAAUUUACAAAAUUCUUUCAUAAGAUGGGAGCUCGACAUGCUAAGAGAUGGGGACUUAUCUCCUGCCUUGGCAUUCUUCUAUGCGCUAUACUCCUCCCCCCUCUGGCUGAACUGGCACCAGCCCCCGCCGUCGAGGACAACGAUUCCUUGAACUUGCAGAUAAUACCGGAUGCAAAGGGAGACAACUCAACUACUCAAUUUCCCACCUUUCCCAACGGGACAGCAAACUUUGCUAACGGCACAAAUGCAACAACCAUUCCCCCCAAAAUGACGGAGGGUGGUUUACUCAAGACGCUGUUCGACUUCACUCUGACUUCAAUAACUGACUACGCCCACGAGUCAAAGUUCCUCCAAGAACUUGAAGCAAAUGGAACCAACAUUGAAGAGUAUUUUAAUAAAACGUACGGCCCCAAUGGAACCUCAGCGACGGGUCAGAUGUCCGAGUACGAUCGUCGUUACAAUGAGCGGUAUGGAUAUAGACCGCAUGGCUAUGGGGGGUACCCAGGGGGCUAUGGGUAUGGUGGAGGAGGCUACUACGGAGGAGGAUACGGUGGUGGAUUCAUGCCGAUCCCAAUUUUCAUGGGAGGAGGAUUUGGUGGUGGAUUUGGAAGACCUAGUUACAAAACUGCGAUGAUGAUGGCUGCCCUUCCUGUGGUUGCAAAUAAGUUGUCAAACAAGAAUGGAUAUUCGUCAAAGUAUGGAGGCGGUGGAUAUGGUGGGGGCGGUUUUGGGGGCGGUUUUGGUGGGGGUGGGUUUAGAGGAAAUACUGGGUACGGAUCAAACUAUGGAGGUUACGGCAAGAAUACGGGGUACGGGGGAAAUACUGGGUAUGGGAUGAAUACUGGAUAUGGAUCGAACACAGGGUACGGGGGAAAUACUGGGUACGGGGCUAACACCGGGUAUGGGUCGAAUACUGGACAUGGGGCGAAUACCGGGUACGGGGCGAAUACCGGGUAUGGGUCGAAUACUGGAUAUGGGGCUAAUACCGGGUACGUGACGAAUACCGGGUACGGGGCUAAUACUGGAUAUGGGGCGAAUACCGGGUACAACAAUCUCAACAAACCUGGCACGGGAUCUGGAACCUCAGGGGCAGGAUCCAACAUUGGAUGGAACAUUCCUCCAAACUCAAACACCAACAACCUGGGUGGAGCUGGAGCUGGAGCAGGAAACAAACCCCCACCUGCAGGAUGGAAUAUCCCUCCCAAUUCUAACACUGGUGGUACUGGCAAUAAGCCCCCAUCGCCUGGAUGGAAUAUUCCCCCAGCUAAAACGCCUUCAAACACUGGGACUGGAACGUACUCUGGUAGCAAACCUGCCUCGUCUUCUUCAGGGUCAUCUGCCAGCGGUAAGGGAUCCUCUGGGUGGGGCUGGGGUGGAAUUUUAGGGGGUAGUUCCUCCUCCUCAUCAUCAUCAUCGUCGUCAAGGGGAAGCAGUGGACGGUCAUCGUCCGGCGGAAGGAGUGGGGGGCGUGGCGGUGGAGGUCGUGGGAAGGGCUAAGAUUCACGCCAUGCACUAAAAAUGAAUUGUCCACCUUUUUUCUAAUUUCUCUAAGCUAACUAACUACUUAUGUUAAUUGCUUCAGUACAAGAAUCUCACUUAUGCAUUCAUUGUGAGCUUUUUCAAGUGCAUUCUUCACUUUCUUCGUCUGUGAACAUUUCAAUACUUUACAAAAUGAAACACAUUAUUUGAUGAAUUGUUAUACGUAUAAUAAAUGAUAUUUAUAGUUA